AUGAGAAAAACUUUCAGUAAUUCUUCAAACAAACCCCCCAUUGCCAAGAAGAGGCAACAGACCAAGAAUAGAAAAACACCAGGAAGCUGUUGUUCCACAUGUUGUUCCACAUGUUGUUCUCUGGGAGCAUUGACAUAUCUUGGAACUGGAAGUGCUAUUGAAUCUCCUUCACAUGGUACAGAAGAAAGGGUUGGAGUGCUGCUUCUUAAUCUUGGAGGACCAGAGACAAUUCAUGAUGUUCAACCAUUUUUAUUCAAUUUAUUUGCAGAUCCAUUUAUAACAAGCUUAGGGGUUGCGCUAAAGAUUCUUGUAAUUGCACUUAGAAACGCAUUGGAAGCAAAGGAAAUGCCUGUAAAUGUCUAUGUUGCAAUGCAAUAUUGGCACCCAUUUACUGUGUUUCCCUCUAAGUCAGCAGGCAAGGACAGGAUUACAAAGCUUAUUGUGCUGCCACUUUAUCCACAAUUUUCAAUCUCCACUACUGGAUCAAGCAUUCGUGUUCUGCAAACCAUCUUUAGGGAAGAUGCAUAUUUGUCAAGAAUGCCUAUUUCAAUUAUACAGUCCUGGUGUCAACGAGAAGGUUAUAUCAAGUCUAUGGCUGACUUGAUUGAAAAGGAGUUAGAGAGUUUCUCUACGCCUAAGGAGGUCAUGAUAUUCAUCAGUGCUCAUGGGGUUCCAGUCAGUUAUGUUGAGGAUGCGGGAGACCCAUACAGAGAUCAGAUGGAGGAGUGCAUUCACUUGAUAAUGCAAGGGUUGAAAUCAAGACGUAUCAACAAUGAUCAUACUCUUGCUUACCAGAGUCACGUUGGGCCUGUACAAUGGUUGAAGCCCUACACUGAUGAAGUACUUGUUGAGCGUGGCAAAAAAGGUGUGAAGAGUCUUUUGGCUGUUCCUGUAAGCUUUGUGGGUGAGCACAUAAAGACUCUUGAAGAGAUUGAUAUGGAGUGCAAGCACUUGGCUCUUGAAUCUGGCAUUGAAAAUUGGGGCCGUGUUUGUGCCCUAGGUUGCACCUCUUCCUUCAUUACAGAUAUGGCCGAUGUAGUUAUUGAAGUCCUACCUUCAGCCACAGCCAUGACAACCUCAAGUACUAAUUCUGAAGAAAGUGACUAUGAUCCAGUUGGUUAUGCUAUCAAAAUGUUUUUUGGUUCAAUCUUGGCAUUUGUUUUGCUUUUAUCACCAAAAAUGAUCAUGGCAUUUAGGAAUCAUGUCCUUUAAAGGUUAUUAAGAUAUUGAAAGCAUUGC